AUGGGGCCAAGACUCCAGCUUACACAACCGUUGUCUUCGUUAUGGGCCCUCGCGCAACUGCUACACAAGUUGUUGUCUAUCAUUAAUCCAAAUACCCAAGACACCGGGACAUACCUCAAGACACCGAGGAAACCACACACAAAUCAGCUCGAAAACACAGAGCAAACACCCACGAAAGACAGUGGGAUACCGAGUCAGCUCGAAAACACAGAGCACCCACGAAAGACAGUGGGAUACUUAGUCACAAUGUCCACGAAAGACAGUGGAACAACACGUCAAAUAGAACUUCUCACCGAAGAGAAUUUUAGUUCAUGGUUCGUCAACAUACGAGCAGAGCUACGUACAAAGAAACUUUGGGAAUACACUCAGAGUCUCUACACCGAGGACACCCCGGAAGAGGGUGACUCCACCGCAGUCGUCAAGAAGAAAGAGAAGGCGAUUAAGGACUGGGAGCAGAAAUCCCAAGAAGCGGCCGAUCUUAUGACUCCAACGAUCAGUCCAGGUAUUCAACAGAAGCUUACGGAGGCCGAAUUCAAUGACGGCUACCUCAUGCUCACAAGACUUCGAAUCAUACUCCAGCCCACGGGAUCCUCCGAGUUCAUGCGACUCUCAAAGGAAUAUUACACGCUUCAAUUCAAAGCAUUCAAAACAGUACCCGAAUACCUUACUCACAUCAAGGUUCUCGAAGAGAAAAUCGACUCCACGAAGGUCACACUCGAUACGAAUAACCGUACGAUUCUCUGUCUCUCCAUGUCAUUACCACGAGAGUACCAGUAUCUCAUCCAAAUUUGGGCUGUUACGCCCUCAAUCACAGCUGAAAAAGCACGUCAAAUGGUCCUCGAGGCCAGUCGGCAACACAAUCAAGCCCUCCACAACUCCCAAGACUCCGCUCGAGUUUUUAAGGCAGGAUUCCAGGGGAAAGGCAAGGAAAAAGAGCCCUGUGACCACUGUAGAUCUACCGGUCAUCUCAGCGAGAAGUGCUGGACUGAAUAUCCACAAUUGGCUCCGGAUUGGUACAAGGAAAUGAUGAAAGAUCAGGCAAAACACAAGGGAGAUAGUGGAAAACAGGCACGAAGAUUUCAGGCCAGAUUGGCCACAACGACAAGGGGUGACGAUUUCGAGGACAACAAUACUCGUAUCUCAGCUUGA